AUGGGUUUGCGCAGUGUGGAGUCUCUUUCGCCCUCAUUGAAAGAUAUUGAAUCGGAUUUGGGAAGUGAGCAGCAGCGAGUGGCGAUGAAACCAUUCUUCAAGUUCGCGGAGGAAUUCAGAGGCGUGCAUCUCAAGUCAGAGAAUCUCAUCGAUAAUGCCGAAGCAAUCCGAAACUGCCAUCGAUUCACUCCGGACCAGCCAAACGCCACCGAUUUUAUGAACGUGGAAUCGGAUGUGAAGGAACUUGACGACACGAUGGAGACUAUCAGAACGUCAAUAAGCAAGAUUGAAACGAAUCUGAGAGCAGCUGAGGCUGGAAUUAUCAAGGUCAGAGAUAUUUGUGCAAAAGCCGAAGGAAAAAAAGGCGCCGAUCUGGAAAAGGUGUUCAAUGAGUUCAGAAACAACAACGACAUGAAUGAGACCAACGAACUAUCAGCCGUGGUGAAUUCGUUGAAAACCAGCAAUCUUACGGGAACCGAUCGGAAAGAGACGCGGUAAAAAUGGUGCGCAUUGACUCGUAAACGCCUCUUUUUCAGGCAUGCCACGUGUAUUGCGCAAUUAGGACGAGUGAUUCUGAGGGGUUACCGCCAGUUGUUCACCUCGAACAUUAUCCACGCCAACGACCUGGUCCUGCGCAACGGUCUCGUGCUCCGACUCACGCAGGCUCCGAUUGGCAACGACGAGCGCGGCUACAUAGUGUGA